CCACUGCAGCCGCCGCCCCUGCGAAGCUGCCACCCCUUGCUCGGCUGCUCCAGCCGGGCAGCGUGGACCAGAUGGGCGCACCCAGGCCCUGACGGAUGAACAGUCGGGCACGUGCACUCCCACCCUCAAAUUGGCUCUGCGCCCAGUGGCGACCGCGGCGGCUGCAGCCCCAAGGUGGGGGCUGCCCCCGCGGUCUCCUCCCGGCUCCUGCGCGUCGCCUCUGCUCUUUGCAUAGUAAUUUCAGUUCCUGAACGCACCGGAGCUCACUCUGGGACUGGACUGGAAAAGGACCGCAGCUCGCGGGCCCGCCAGAGCCACCGGUGUGGCGCCGAGAGCCAGCGCCUGGAUAUGCGACGGGAAGCCCCUGCCACAGCGCUGGCAUUGGCCCCGCCGCGCCUGACAGAGCCGGGCGAGAGCAGGCUGCCUGGUGCCUGACUGUGGCUUCACUCUGAGCUGCGACUGCUUCCCAGCAGGAAAGCAACUCAAGGGAGAACUCUGAGGUGUUCCUGAAGAGAAAUUCCAUGGGGACUGUACCUGACCCUCUGAGAUCAGCCAAAACCUCCCUGAUCACAGCUCCUGGAAAAGAGGCCCUGGGAGAGCCACAAGCCGCCUCCCCUCCGCAUCCACCAGCUCUUCUGUGUAAGAACUCCAAUGGCCUUUCCAGCACCCCUGCAGAACCAGACCUCAGCCCCAGGGCACCUGCAGAGGCCCUGAUGCAGGCUUGCCAGCAUGAGCCCACCAGGCCAGAUAUGUCUUCCCCUGUCUUCAAGGAGGUGGAGAAGGUGUCUCCCACACUCACCUCUCCUGGCAACCCCCAGCUGGCGGGAAGCAGCGAGCCCACGGCAUCAGCCCUGAGUUCUUCAGCAGGUGAUGGUGUUGUACACACACCCUCCAUAAUGCCAGCCCAUCCGCACAGCCACCAGACCGUCCCCGGAGACCUGUCUAAUGCCAGCCCUUCAUCAGCACCUAAAGAUUCUCUGGGGAAACCUCAGAGAACCUCACAAGGAGAGCGACUUGAGAAGUCAAGCUGUCCUGCAGGAGUCACCUGUGGGGGCAGCAACGCUCAAGUGUCCUGUGAGUUUCCUUCUCAAGAAACAAUCCAGGGAAAGGUGCAGACACCACCCAUAGCAGCCAGGGUGACGGGUCCGCCAUCCUCUCCCACAGAACAGCCUGAUGGGGAGAGACAUAGAGCUCUCCACGACUCUGAGACGAUGCCCUGUGACCCUCCAGCUGGAGAGGAAGGAUGUGCGGAGAACAAGCAGCCCUCUUCCACUGCCUCGGACACCCAGGGCAUGACGUCUCACCCACCCUGCCUUCCUGGAGAAGCCUGCGCCCCAGCUCCAGAGACCGUGCAGCUGCCCGCACAGCAUCAGGAGGCCUCGCGGUUCAAAGAAGCCACUGCGACUGCUUCCCAGCAGGAAAGCAACUCAAGGGAGAACUCUGAGGUGUUCCUGAAGAGAAAUUCCAUGGGGACUGUACCUGACCCUCUGAGAUCAGCCAAAACCUCCCUGAUCACAGCUCCUGGAAAAGAGGCCCUGGGAGAGCCACAAGCCGCCUCCCCUCCGCAUCCACCAGCUCUUCUGUGUAAGAACUCCAAUGGCCUUUCCAGCACCCCUGCAGAACCAGACCUCAGCCCCAGGGCACCUGCAGAGGCCCUGAUGCAGGCUUGCCAGCAUGAGCCCACCAGGCCAGAUAUGUCUUCCCCUGUCUUCAAGGAGGUGGAGAAGGUGUCUCCCACACUCACCUCUCCUGGCAACCCCCAGCUGGCGGGAAGCAGCGAGCCCACGGCAUUAGCCCUGCGUUCUUCAGCAGGUGAUGGUGUUGUACACACACCCUCCAUAAUGCCAGCCCAUCCGCACAGCCACCAGACCGUCCCCGGAGACCUGUCUAAUGCCAGCCCUUCAUCAGCACCUAAAGAUUCUCUGGGGAAACCUCAGAGAACCUCACAAGGAGAGCGACUUGAGAAGUCAAGCUGUCCUGCAGGAGUCACCUGUGGGGGCAGCAACGCUCAAGUGUCCUGUGAGUUUCCUUCUCAAGAAACAAUCCAGGGAAAGGUGCAGACACCACCCAUAGCAGCCAGGGUGACGGGUCCGCCAUCCUCUCCCACAGAACAGCCUGAUGGGGAGAGACAUAGAGCUCUCCACGACUCUGAGACGAUGCCCUGUGACCCUCCAGCUGGAGAGGAAGGAUGUGCGGAGAACAAGCAGCCCUCUUCCACUGCCUCGGACACCCAGGGCAUGACGUCUCACCCACCCUGCCUUCCUGGAGAAGCCUGCGCCCCAGCUCCAGAGACCGUGCAGCUGCCCGCACAGCAUCAGGAGGCCUCGCGGUUCAAAGAAGCCAGUACAAUGACCAGCCAGGCCCACGGCGAGAUCCAGGGUCCCAGCAGAGCGCGGCAAGAUGCCGAGGUGCAGGCCGUGGCCAAGGUGGAGAGCAGGUCGGUCUCCACCAGCCCCAGCAUCCUUACUGCAUUCCUAAAGGCAACCCCUGCCCCUGAGCGUCUGGAACAACAGGAACAGCUGCGUGUCAUCUGCCAUGGUGGCAGCCAUGGGGGCCACACGUUGGAGCUCUCGAGCAGCUCGCUCACGCCCCUGGAGUCGGGCCAGUGUCCUGGCUUGGUGCCGCAGGUGCACAUCCAGGCAGCUGCUGCUGUUCCCGCAGCCUUCGGCGGAGAGGGCAACCCAGCGAGCCCGCCAGGCCAGGUCCUCACAGCCCCGGCUAUCAACGUGGCCUCCGGCAAUGCCCAGGAUACAGGUAAAGAAGCCGGCAGGUCAGCAAGGAUGACUCUGACCGGGGAGUACCCGACCGCCAAACUGCCCGCAGGUGCAGGUCCUACCUCCCUGCAAGCUGGUCGCGCCGCCCAGACUGCGGUUAGCGCCGACAGUCACACCGGGACAGAUCGGGAGCUGGGGAGCUCUGAGCCUGCAGUGAAAACCACAGAUGGCCACAGUGUAGACCCAGGCUGCAAACUGCCCGACUCGUGUGGCCCUGCCGGCACAGCUGCGCAGCCGGUGAGCUUGGACCCCACGGACAAAGGAGGUGCGGGGGAGAGGAAGCCUGCGUCUCCCCAGAUAGUGAGAGAACACGAGGCUCUGGGCCCCGAUACCCUCGACGCCAAAACCAUACUGCUCAGUCCGAAAGCUCAAGAAAGCGGAGGCGCAGGGUCAGCUGCUCACCCCACACCCUCCCCAGUUAGAAAGAGCCAGGAGGGCGCCUGCGAGGAAAGCAGACAGCCCAAGACCGCCACCAGCCUGAGCCUGCCCUCUGAGUCCAUGGGCGACUCCAGCCCGGGAUCCGGCAAGAGGACCCCUUCCCGCUCGGUCAAAGCCAGCCCGCGCCGGGCCAGCCGCGUGAGCGAGUUCCUCAAGGAGCAGAAGUUAAACGUGACGGCGGCCGCUGCGCAGGUGGGGCUCACCCCGGGAGAGAAGAAAAAGCAGCUGGGCCCGGACUCCAAGCUCCAGCUCAAACAGUCCAAGCGCGUCCGGGACGUGGUGUGGGAUGAGCAGGGCAUGACCUGGGAGGUCUACGGUGCUUCCUUGGACCCGGAGUCCCUGGGAAUCGCCAUCCAGAACCACCUACAAAGGCAAAUCAGGGAACACGAGAAAUUCAUCAAAACCCAAAACAGCCAGAGCCGGCGAUCCAUCUCCUCAGAUACUUCUUCUAACAAGAAGCUCAAGGGAAGGCAGCACAGCGUCUUCCAGGCCAUGCUGCAGAACUUCCGCCGCCCCAACUGCUGCGUUCGGCCAGCCCCGUCAUCCGUGUUAGAUUGACAGGAGCACGGGUGCAGUCUGCGUGUGUGCGUUUAGCACAUCCCUGUGCGUCUGUGUAUAGCGAAGCGUACUUCGUAUCUUUGUGAAAACAGACCAAAACACACGCGCACACACACACACACACGCACACACGCACACAGAAAACACGAGUCUUAGCUAUAGGAAAUUGCUGUGGAUAGUUGCUGGGUCCUUGGACUGCAGCUAUAUAAAUAAAAAUAUCAUUCCAGUUUGAAUGAAAGAAAAAAAAAAAAGAGAAGAGAAGUAAGCUUCACUGAAGGUUUGCAACCUUAAUUGAGUGGAAAUAAUAUUCACCAGUUUUUUUUUUUUAAUGAUGUUGCUUAUAGAAAUAACAUUAUUAUUAUCACCCACGUGUCAUUUUAUAGUACUGCCUCAGUUUAUCACAUGGUGGCAUUUCCAUUGUGAUCUCUAAAAUCCCCACGUGAAAAAAUAAUGGGAACACUAUUAGCAAAAACACUUUCAUAAUUCCUAGUCUUACUGCAAUAAAAAUGCUGUUACCACUCAAAAUUGAAGUAGUUGAUAAGAACCACAAUCUAAAAAAUUGAAACAAAUUUGGCUCAUUCCUAGGCCAGAUAAUAUUAAAUAAGAGUGUGUAAAAUACCAAAUAUGAAUUAGUAUUUAUAAACAUCUACAGAUAACCUUUUUUAUAAACCCUGUUAUAGCUGUUAAUAAAUAUAAGAAAGUAAUAUUAGGAAUAUUAACUAAGCCUCUGAAUUUGAAUACUGCCUAUAUCUAACUUGGAUUUGUCUAUACAACUUUCUCUGCAUUAAGGCCAGGUGAAUCUAUGUAAUUCUGACCAAAUUAAAUGCAUAUUUUAUUACCCUAAAGAAAGUCAUAAAAUUAGGGAUAAUACUAAAUGUUAUGUUGUACAGGUGUUCUCCAGUAAUAUUCUACCAAAAAUGAUAAGGUUCUGGUAAGGAAUGAUAACAAUAGAUUACCAAAUACUGCCUUUUCUAUGUUGAUAUGAGAAAAGCCUCCUGAGUGACGAAAACAGUAUGUUCAAUGUAGACUCCUACAAACAGAAUACAAUUUGUGUUUUUCCUUUGAUUUGAUUCAGUAGUUUUUUUUAUUUAUAUAUUUAUUUUUGCUUUUUUUUUUUUCAGAUAGAUUCAGUAGGUUCUAACAACAAACAUAGACAACACCAAAAGGAACACAGGUUACAUUUCUUCUGUAUAGACUUAUUUCUGUAUGUAGACUGAUACCGUUUCAUUGCUUCAGUUUAUAAUCUGGAGUAUAAAGCUAAGAUCUGCAAACUUACUGAUUUUAAGGGGAAUAUCAUCAUAUGCCACCCUUCAAACCCCAGAAAAGAAGAGGCCUUUACACGAAACAUGAUCUGAGCUUUGGGUGGGCUACGUUUUAAGAACACAGGCACCUGUUUGAACUGAACUCCCUCAUGUCUCAGAGAAGAGCGUGUCCUGCAAACCGUUGGCCUGAGUGACCAGCAGUGGCUUUACAUUUGGCAUAGUGUGAAAAGGGGGACUGAGUUAGGGGUCUGGCAAGGUUUCCCUUCCUGAUCCACCAUAAGAAGAGCACAGGUCUCCGUCCUACAUUCAGAAAACCAGACUCAGAUGGGAGAGGGUCACUGGUUGCCUUUUCUUAACUCUUUCUCGAGGAGCCAGAAAAUGCAAUCUUUCCAGACUCACAGAUGUCCUUCGUACAAUCAUUUCAUGUGAUCUGUCUUGGCUUUUUUAGUUUAGUUUAGUUUUGCAGAUUCUGAACAUACGAUGAAAAAAAUAAUUAAACCCUGAAUGGAAUCACCACAAACUAUACUGGACAUAA